CACAAGGUGCAGGGGAACAUUCUGCGGCCGCCAACCGCCUUUCUGAACGCCAUGUCGUGGGGCGGCGGAUAUCCAGCGAACGGGGGCUACGGCGGGGGCGGGGGCUACGGCGGGGGAUGCGGCGGCGGCGGCUGGGGCGGCUGCGGCGGCGGCGGCGGCGCACCCGCGUGGGGCGGCGGCGCGUCCAACGGCGCGUGGGGCGGCCAGGCGGCCCUGCCAGCAACCAGCGGCCACGGCCAGUACACCAUCGCUGAGGCGUGCGAGAGGGCCGCGGCCGGCGAGACCUCUGGCAACACGGUGACGGACAACCAAAUCAAGGUUUCAGAUCCGCACGGCUACCCCAUACAGCCCAUCAAGAUCAAUCUCUUUGACGAGGUUAGGCAGUUCCCUCCGCAGGCCCGGGCUAUGACGCUGCUUCUGCUAUGCCCUCUCUCUCUUUCUGCGCCCAGCACGGCACGCGGAUGCAGGC